UCGCUCCCAAUCCAACACCACGACGUCGACACUAACCCUCGCUCCCGCUCCAUCGUGAAACACAGGUGCUGACAGCCGUCAACGCCAAAUGGAUCAUCGCCAUUCCAGAAGGAAAGAAUGGAGCUCGGCACCCACGCCCGCUCUCGCGGAAAUGAACCUGAACCUGAACUGUCCCCGGCAGGCGCGGACGGAAAAGCCAGGAGAGGAAAGGAAUGGGAACAGGAAGCUGCCAAGCCACCUGGCCAGGCCAGAGCAGCACGCAGAAAGAGGAACUCGUCGCUGAGAACGGGAAUAUUGGGCAAAAGCAUGGCCGUCCAGGACCUCCAUCCAUCCAAGCCGUCUCCACCAAUGGCCACUUCUACCAGCAAGGAACCGCAGCAGCAGCAGCAGCAGCAGCAGCAGCAGUUCCCCGACACCAGCAGUUCCUCGUCGUAUGGCCGCGAAGACGAGUCUACCCCGCGGCCGCUCGCAUCCAUGAUUCUGAGGAGUUCGUCUGGGACCUAUGCAUCGACAACCGACGAUGACGACUCGCUAUCUUUCUUUCGACCCUCGGCAUCCACCAGCAGCGCUUCACGACAGCUGCAACCACCCUCAUCCAAUUUGGCGCUGCCGCGUCGCCGACUCAACCGUUCGUUGCAACAUCAUUCAUCUCCCCUGGUCAUGCAAGUGCCAGUUGACGCGACCAUGGACGACGAGUGGGACUACAGCGAGACGGAAUGGUGGGGCUGGGUCAUUCUCAUCACCACCUGGAUCGUGUUUGUGGUUGGUAUGGGCUCCUGCUUUGGCGUUUGGAGCUGGGCGUGGGACGUGGGAGAGACGCCCUAUGCUCCUCCCGACUUGGAGGACGACCCCACGCUCCCCAUAACGGGCUACUAUCCUGCAUUGAUGGUAUGCACAGUCGUCAUGGCGUGGAUAUGGGUCGUGGUGGCUUGGGUCGGCAUGAAAUACUUCAGACACGCGAAAGUGGUUGCCGACGACGGCUAA